AUGAGUGGGAGUGAGAGUGAAGCUGGUGUCACGCCGAAUAAGGCUGGAAUGACUAGGAGUAGGAAGGGGAGAGGGGACACGCCGGUACCAACAAGACAGGAGGCUAAAAUACCGAAUGGAGAGAAAGUGCAAGUGAAAAACAAGAGAGGGAGACCGAAAGGCACAACAAAAACAAGAGGCGGGAAACUAGCGUACCGCGGUACAACAGACAGGUAUUUGAAUAAAGGAUCAGAUGAGAAUGGAAACAGGGAAAGUCAACAGAAAGGAGUGGAAGCAAAUAUGAAUGGAAAUGACGAGAAGGAAAAUGCAGGAAAUGUAGAAUUGAAGCAGUUGAGUGAGGAGGAAGACGAAAAGUGGGACGAUGUCUCGUCAGAUAACAAUCUAGACGAGACAGUAGUAAAGGCGGAUCAAAAUAAGAACAGAAAGAAAGGAAAAGAUGAGGAAAGAAGUGAGGAAGAGAAUGACAGACACUUAUUGAGAGUAUUGGAAGGGCUAAGAGAAGAAAUGCAAAACACACUGAGGAACAUACACGCAACGAUGGCUGAGGGGAAUGAUGGAAGAGGUGAAAUCUAUGGUAAGACGUGA